AUGGUCGGGUUCGGGAAGCGCAUGGCGGAUACCCAGGUUCCAGAGUGGAGCACCGAGUACGUGCCCUACAAGGCCAUGAAGAAGCAUCUCAAACGCCUCGUGAAACGGAUGACCGCUGAGGAGCAGCAGAUGACCGAGCGGGAGAACAUCGCGUCGUCAGGUGACGGCACCCGACAGCAACUGCUCGACGGGGACGGGACGGCGGACGCCGGCGUGCGGCCGCAGCUGAAGCGUGAGGUCAAGCACGACCGCGAAGGGCUCAUUACAGUGCGAACAACAGGGGACGUGAUCGACAAUCAAGCAACGGUCAAUCGACACAGGCGCCAACCGUCGUCGGAGACCAAUGAGUUGAGCAUCGCCACGACUGUGGUCGCCCCGAAGGAAAAGAACGUCCUCGCGUUGGACGAGGAGGUGCAAUUCUUCCAUCUGCUCGACGAAGCGCUCCGGCGUGUGGUGGCUUUUUACAGCGACCGACUGGAUCACAUCCGUUGUGAAACGCAACGCGAGCGCUCGCAGCUGAACCAUCUGAUGUCGGAGGCGCAGCGGGUGGUGCGUAUGCCCAAGCGUGAGCCCAAGAAGGGCGACCUCGUCGACAUCAUGCACGACAUCGGGUCGUCGUUCGGAUCCAGCUCGAAGAAGCGGUCGACAGAACCUCGAACCUUCGCGCAGGAGAAGGCGAGGGAUAGCGCACGCAUGCUUCGCAAGGCAGUUUCGGAGUCCUAUCGCGCCGUCAACAUGCUCGAGUCGUUUGUGUCACUGAACAUGGAGGCGUUUCGCAAGAUCUGCAAGAAGCACGACAAGGUCACCGGUUGGCAGACGCAGGACACGUACAUGCGAGGUCUCCGAGAGCUUCGCGUGUUCCACGACGAUGAGGUUCAGUCCUUGCGAUCUGCACUCGAGGACGCGUACCUGAAGAUUGAGGAGGUGCUGUGCAUGCUCGAGCCCGACAGGUGGAACCGGGUGGUGCGAGGCGUCAAGACCCGGAGCAAAUCGUCAAAGCAGUCCGGUCCGCUGGGCUUUUACGAGGUUCGCAAGAGGCGAAAUGAGUUACUCGCUAAGCUCAGAGAGGAAACCAGAGAGACCGGUACUUCUUUCGUCGCGCACGGGCGCACGUCAGGACCAAGGUUUACCGCGGGAUUGGCACUUGGAGCUGCUGGGGCUCUGUUUGCAAUGUUGAUCACUCGCGUCAUUGAGAAGUGCGCAAACGGGAGGAUGGAUACCGUGGAGUGCAACGCUGUUGCCGCGGUGGCACCCGCGAUCAGAGCGCCACUUCUUAUCGCUCUUCACGUGGCGCUGUACGGUUCGGCCGUGCAGGCGUGGGUUGAUACUAGGGUCAAUGCACCCUUCAUCAUGCAGGCCAAGCGAGGCACUGAGCUGACCUCCACGGGGGCAGUUCUGGCUGGUGCCCUCAUCGCGUCCACGUGGCUCAUAAUCUCGCUCGUGCUGGUCGCCAGGGCCGAGAAUAACGCCAAGAGUGCUAUCAACGGGUCUGGAUCCGUCUGGACCAUCCGUUUGUACCAUCUCGACGAUGUGUUCGCAGCGGCUCUGGGAGCAAUGGUGCUCAUGCUGCUAUUUUUCCUUGCGCCUUGGCCCAAGUGGUUGCUGAGGGGUCCAUUCAAGAAGACAGCAGUGAGACUACAGCACCCGCCGAAUUCCACCAGACGAUUCUUUCUCACUGCUCUAUCACGAGCCAUUCAGGCGCCGUUUCGACGCGUGCGCAUGAUGGAUUUCUUCCUCGCUGAUCAGCUCGUGUCCCAAACCACCGCCAUGCGAGAUUUUGUCGCCGUGCUCUUCCUUGCGUUUGGAUCGCUGCUGAGGAGCGCGGUUAAGUACGCUCCAGUGGUGGCGCUUUGGCCGUCGUGGUGCCGUCUGACCCAGGUUCUUAGGCGUUAUAGGGAUGACGGGAUGCCAGUGCACUUGGUGAAUGGUGGCAAGUACUUUAGCGGGUUGCUCGCCAUAGCUAUUGGUCUGAUACUUCGCUAUGAGGAAGCCGGCGACAAUAAAAUUGGUGGCGCAAUCUUCUCAAACCCCUCGGCGUUGCGGGUGUGGUAUAACGUCGCUAGCUAUGUGGCGAUACUCUACGGCUCGGCAUGGGACUUUUUCCAGGACUGGUCUGUGGUGAAAGUUAAACUGGUGUCCAAGGAUUGGCACGAAACAGCGAGCAAGAAGAUGUUUGGGUUCUGCAUGUCCACCAACUGCGGAUUCACUUUUAGUCUCUUUGAACGCAGACUAAUGGUCAAGCGCAGAUGGAUCUACCACGUCGCAAUCGGGGGAAACGCACUGCUGAGAAACGUGUGGAUAAUCGCGUCCAUCCCCACGAUUGGCAGCGCUGAGACGAUAGGCCACGAGAUUUGGCUCACGGUCUGGGCUACAUUGGAGGUUAUCCGACGGUCUGCUUGGAACUACUUUCGAGUGGAGAAUGAACAUACCACCAACUGUGGUAUGUUCCGUGCAACCCUGGAGGUGCCCAUGCCAUAUGCCGAGGGCGAGCUUACGGAUGACGAGGAUGACGAGGAUGACGAUAAGUCUGUGAGGAGCAGCGACGAUGCGCAGGCGGAAUCUGAUCACAGUGACACUGACGAGGAUAUUGAUCACAUACGUGAUAAUCUCUCGGUGAGCGAUAACGGGCAGAGCGUCGACGACGCAAAUCCACCCUGCGGAGAUGAGCCGCUGUCUAGGCGCAACUCAAUCGAGCUGACAUCAAUGUCGAGGCCCGUCAUUUCCACGGAUAUUGAUCUGCCGACUGAAUCUUUUGAUUCUCCAUCGGGUGGCGUCACGCCAAGGAGAAUCUCGGUGAACACGUCCGGGCCUCUAACGCCACAGAAAAGCCUCGGACUCGAGGCAAUCGCGCGACUCACUUCGGGGAUGCCUGUCGGUGAUGAAUCACCGCCGGGUUCUCCCUCGUCGGUGAGAAGGUCGUUUGACGCCGAAUUUAGGGCUGCGCCAUCGCCGAAAAAAAAGGCUUGA